AUCCUUCUCCCCUUCAGGCGCAAGAGUGUGGAAGAAUGUCUCUGCCUGUCAAACUCUAUAUAGAAGGAACACCAUCAAAAGGUCGUCGCUUUGACAUCGUUUCUGAGUUUCAACGCUGCCAUGUAGUGUCUCCAGUCAGCGGUUUGCACAGAGGGGUUUGUGUGAACGAAACCCCUUCACCUUCUAAGUAGGAGAUGGCAGAAGACUAGAGGCCGUCGAAUGGAAGAAGGCCCGCCAUGGAGGUCCCCGAGUGCCCCGUUUGCCUUCUGGUGUACAACGGGGAGGAGGCCGUUCCAAGGGUGCUCUCCUGCGGCCACACCAUCUGCGAGCCCUGCCUCCAGCAGCUUCCCCCCUACCUCCCCAACAGCAUCAAGUGCCCAGAGUGCAAUCAGGUUGCGAAGUUCCCCGCUCAGGGGCCCUCUGGAUUGCCCAAGAACAUCGAUCUCCUGAGGUUAAUCCCUCAUAGCACCUCACAGAAGACAGCCCAGAGAGCACCACCUUCGAGUUCUAUCAAGAAUUCAUCAGAUGGUUCCUUGUUUGGGCUCCCCACAGAUAGAAGUUGCAGAAGUUGGAAGGAUUUGACCGUUCCCAGUGAUGUCAUUCAGGUCUUGGAUGAGAAAGGGGACUCUGAUAUUUCCUUGGGGGUGGCGUCCUCGUCUUGGUCAUGUUUAAGGAAGAACCAGAAUGUUGGUUUGCUGCCGCUUCUCAUUGGUGAUGGUGGUUCAUCUGGUUCUGUGAUUAGGCUUACCUAUGGUUUGAGAAUUUUGAAGAUUUUGGAUGGUCUCAGUAGGUUUGAGAAGGACGAAUUGACGUUUCUGUUGAAAGCAUCAGCGAUGGGUCGAAGGGUUUGUAAGCUUUAUGGCUUGUGGAUGAAUUCCGACGGGCGAGUUUUCCUGGUGUUUGAGAGAUUUCGUCUGGAAAAUCGGUCAAUUUUAGAUGGAUUGAGAGGUGGGUGUUUGGUGAAACCUAUUGGAUGUUCGCCUGAUUCAAGAGAUGUUAUGGUCAGGUUCUCAAGUUUGGCAUUGGAGAUUUGUGAAGCUGUCAUGGUCUUGCACUCACAAGGCAUAGUUCUUGGGUUUCUGAGCCCUGUUUGCUUUGGUUUUGAUGAAUACGGGCACGUCUUAAUCGAUCUAAGCAACAGUCUUCUGGAAAAAAAAAGAAUUCAGGAGGCCUUCCUUGGCUCCAUGGUAGAUCGAAGCGAAGAAGAUGAAUUUGACGAUUUAGUUUCAAAACAAAUAUUUAUCAGCCCAGAGGCUUUCAAGAGGCUGUACAGUGAGAACUUAGGCGCUGGUUCAUCAACAACAAAUUUGAAUCACUCUGAUGCCAAAUUUGAGUUGGAAGCUUCCUUUUCUUGUAAAUCCGAUGUAUGGUCAUUGGCGUGUAUGUUAAUUAAGCUGAUUCUCGAAGACCCAUUUGUUGACGAGUUUCUCUCUGGCUAUUAUGGUUAUUGCUUCGCAGAAAGCAGAGAAAGCAUUGGUGUCGGUGUAGGUGAUUAUAUGAGUUGUAUAAAGAGAAAGGUAGCUGAUAUGGCACCUAUAUUUGGUGCAAAAUUUGAAGAGUUGCAUAAUGUUCUUUCAAAAUGCUUGGAUCUUGACGUGGAUACACGCCCUCAAAUGAGUGAUGUCUGGAAAGGCCUUAAGGCCAUUACCUACGGAUGUGGUUCUGAUGAAUUGCAAGUGCAAUUUCAACAUGAGAAAGUUGAAUGGUGCUUGGUGCUUGCUCAUCUCUAUUCUGUACAUAGAUGUUCUAAUUCCUCCCAGCAGAGGGAUAAAGGGUCAAUGCUAGAUAAGGUUGAUCAAGUUGCCUUGGUCGAUGGUUCAGGCCUAAACUCAGAGUCGUGCAGUAAUGUCAACAUUGGGCAUACUUCGGAGGGGUGUCGUCGUGUCACCGUCACUCAGACAUUUGACGAUAAGGUUGUUGAGCAAAUUCCCAAUGAUGGUGGCAAAACUAUCACUCUGAGGGGUCACCUUGAUUGCAUCACGGGCUUAGCCAUUGGGGGUGGUUAUUUGUUGAGCUCAUCCUUUGACAAAACAGUUCGUAUGUGGUCUUUACAGGAAUUCUGCCAUGUGAGAACAGUUAAUUACCAUGCUCACAGAGUCACAGCAAUAGUUGUGUUGGACAUGGAUGAACCCUUGUGCAUAACUGCAGACAGUGGUGGUGGCAUUUAUGUAUGGGCCCUUGAUCCUCAACUUGAACAAGAACCAUUGAAGACUUGGCGUGAACAUUCAGACUGGCGAUAUAGUGGUGUCCAUUCUUUAGCUGUGUCUGGGCUUGACGUUCUUUACAGUGGCAGUGGAGAUAAGUCAAUAAAAGCUUGGUCGCUAAAGGAUUAUUCUUUAAUGUGUGCAAUGACUGGCCACAAGUCAGUUGUAUCUUCCUUAUCUGUAAACAAUGGGAUUCUCUAUAGUGGAAGUUGGGAUGGAACUGUACGGUUAUGGUGGAUUAGUGAUCAUAGUCCUUUAAUGGUAUUGGAAGAUGACCCUCCCAUUGCCAUAUCAUCUGUUUUAUCUCUGUCUGUCAAUCAAGACAUAGCUGUUGCUGGUCACGAGAAUGGAUUGCUAAAGAUAUGGAGCAAUGGUGAACUUGUGAAAUCAACAAAAAUUGAUGAUGGUCCUAUUCUUUCUAUUGACAUGAAUGGGAAAUGGCUGUUUGCAGCCACUUGGAAAAAGACAAUAAGUAUACAGGAACUAUACAAAGAUGAGUCUGAGCUCGAUGCAAAGCCAGCUGGGUGUAUUGAUUGCGACUCAGUAGCUACAUCUUUGCUAUACUAUGGAGGAAAUCUCUUUGUCGGAUUCUCUAAUAAGGAUAUCAAGGUAUAUGCUUGUGGCUGAUGAUGUAUAUAUGCAUGGAUGGGUUCUAUUUGUGGCUGAUGAUGUCAACCAUCUCUCCUUUCAAUGAACACCUGUGGCUGAUGAUGUCAAAACUGUAAAAGGUCUAUUAGUGCAUUUUUUGUGAUUUGACGCUCGGUUUAUAGUCUCGUGUUGGAGUUGGAGACACUUCCAAUCUGUUCCAAGUAUAGGUUAUCCAAGGCUUCACUCCUAGCACCAUUGUCAAUAUUAGACUUGUUUGAAAUCGCAUGUUCAGUUCUAGGACGAUCUGUGCAGAUGUAAAUCUUAAGGUUAUCAAAGGCAGUGGAAUCCGACCGGUGGAGCUGAUAAAUUUUGUUAUCCACCGGUUAAUAUAUAUGUUGGGUUGCUAUUUUACUGGUAUUGGCUUGA